GCAGCUCUGUUACCAUGGUUAAAGACGACCCGAUUUAAUCCCUAGUUGCACUCAUAAUACGGAACCGAGACUUUAAUUGACUAAACAUGGGUUACCAUUUUAACAAGAAGUGCAAGCCGAUUGGUUAGAAAUACAUGGAGCUAAACUGUGAUUGGUUAGAGUGAAAUCAGCUGGCGUACAAUUGGUCAGCAGCGAGAAAAGCGGUGCUUUGAUUGGAUUAGAGUUGGACAUGUAGCUGAAAAGUAUUACCGGCAGGUGUUAAUCCAGGCUGAAUAAUCCAUGUUACCAUGGUUAUGUGUAUCAAUACCGGGUCCAGUACUGAGCUCUUUUAGGAGGCUCAUGGACUCUGGAGCUCCCGCCUCGUUGCCGUUAGUUGCAGCAUGGAGCACUCUGAUUGGACAGACCCUCUGACUGCACCUCCUCCAGGUGUGCCGUCAGGAUGUCUGAUGAAGGUAACCAGAAGGAGGCGGAGCCUCCCAGCAGGCGUUGUCUGUCUGGCAGGAUGUGGGCGGAGCCAGAGCCCGGUCCAUCCAGGUGUGAGCCCAGCAGACAGGGUUACUGUGGUUACUGCAGAGUCCUCUACACCAGCCUGGACCAGCACCUGUCCAGCUUCAGACACCUGGAUUCCGUCCGGGCGUCUGCCAGAGGCUCUGCCGCCGUGUCCGUCACCAGGGGCACCCAGAGCAGGCUGACGCUGCUGGAGCGCUUCCUGCGGGACGUCCAGGAGCACCACCCGCAUCGCUACGACGACACCAGGCCGUCCCACGCCGACCUGCCAUCUGUCUCUGUCCCCCCGCUGCCGAAAGCGGAGCUUGAUGAACUCUGUUCCUCUGACGGAGACGGACAGUCACUAGGCACUCGAGAACACCUGCCCAGCUCUGAUGACGCUUCCUGUCAGCCAGCCAAUCAGGAGACAGAACACAGCUUCCACAGCCAAUCAGGCGACCAGGACGAAGGACGAGCGUCUCCUCCACCCUGUUGCACAAACACUCCUCCCUCUCAACAACAAUCCCCGCCCCCUAAGCCUCAGGCUCUGCCCCCUCAGCCUCAGGCACCGCCCCCUCACUCUCCGCCCUCUGUCCACAGAAAAGCCCACAGGAAGACCAACCGGAGGAAACUUAGUGACUCUUCAUCCUCCAUUCAGGCCCCCAAGGGCCUGAGUGGCAAUCAGCUGGACCCGAUUGCCAGCCAGAGGGUCCAGACCCCUGCAGAGGCAAAGGUCCAAACUCCAUCAGGACCAAGGGCCCAGUUCUGCUCAGACUUGAAGCCCCAGAGGUCCCAGAGGCCCUUUGUGAGUUGGCAGAGGGAGAGGAGGGCGGUCCAGAAGGCGAAGGCAUUCUCCACCCACAGUGACCCGGUGGAGCAGACCAUUGAAGAGGUGAUCCAGAUAUGCUGCUACAGCGUCACUUCAGCUCACCACCAGCAGGAGACAGAGAGCCUCCAUCUCAGCCUUCCUGUCUCCAUGGAAACGCAGAGUGAGGAUUGGGACACACCUGUACAGCAGGUGGUUUUAAAGAGACCUCACCUACCUGUCCAGGCGAGCCAGACAGAGGGGCGGGACCUGGGCCGCCUCAUGGACGUCCAGGUGGACAUGGAGGACCAGGUGUACUCCAACCAGCUGGACUGCGCCCUGCUGGGCGGGGCGGGCCAGCAGGACCAGGGCUUCUGGGACGUCCCCAUAGAGGACGUCCUGCCUGUCCCACAGCAUAUCCCAGAAUCCUUCAGGGGGAAGACCUGGACCCAGAUCGAGCAGGAGGACGAGGCCCGCGUGGAGAGGCUGGUCCAGCAGUUUAGACGGGGCAGAUUCAUCUGCUACUUUGACACAGAGUCCCUGGCCAGGUUUGGCAGGAGGAGGAGGAAGGAGGCCCCUGAGGCCCAGGAGGCGGAGCCAGACACAGGUGUGCUACCUUUGGUGGACCAGGAUGAUGAUGAUGACUCUGCUUGUGUGAGGAUGAGGAUGAGGAAGAGGAGGCGGAGCUUCAGAGUGGCGUCCAGAUGUCAGGUGGUUAAAGUGAGUCACGGCACUCAGACACUACGAUUGGUUAUUCCGACUGUUCAUCAGCUGUCCUCAGAGGCUCCGCCCACCAGCCUCCCUGCAGCCAAUGAGAGAACCCCUGAGUCCCAGGCGUGGCAUUCGCUGCCUGCGUGUUACUCCAGCAUUGUUACUCCUGUCCAGCCCCGCACCUCGCUGGUUUACCUGCUCUGCUCCCCGUCCUGCUCUGCUGGCGCCCCGCCUGGAGGCUCCGCCCCCAAACGCUGCAGAAGGAGGCGGAGGCCUGUGGACCUACAGAGGCUAAAAGUCAAGUACAAAAGACUUCCUGUUAAGUUCUACGAGCCAGGGACCAAUCAGAUCCUCAGAAACCCUCCACAGGCAUUACUGAGACCCAGAGGCCCCGCCCCCUCUGGCCAGCCGCCGCCGUGCGUCCGUCAGCUGUUCCGGAGUCUGAGUCCUGACCUCAACAUGGACCGCCGGCCGGGGGAGGGACCUAAAGGCGACGCGGCCCUGAUGAGCGCGCUCAGUGCAGACUCUGGGACGGAGACCGUCAGGAGGACAGGAAGGGUUCCUCAGACUCCGCCCACCGGGAGAGAGAGGGGCAGCAGGCCACGACCCCCACCCUCCCAACGGAGGACCAGGAUUCAAGCCCAGCCCCCUCCACCCAGGAGGGAGGGGCUUCGACGAGCAGCGCCCAGCAGGAAGCUCCUCAGCUCCACAGGCCACACCCUUCCGACCCCCCGCAGGGGGCGGAGCCAGAGGGGGCGCGGCUGCGAGAGGGGGGGCAGGUAGCAGGACGGACUGGAGCCACAAGGACACCGCUACACCUGUCCCAGCUCACCUGAACAGGUGUAGACAUUCACCAGGUGUUAAUCUCACACUAAAGAAAACUCCACUGUGCAAUAAGAAGUUAGAUAAUUUCCUCUUUGGUGUAAAAAAUGGCUGACAAAAUAAAUUAUUUUCUUUAUGGAUAAUCUGUUUUAAUAAUUUUGUAGGUAAAGAACGUUUUUACAGAAUGAAAACCAGUACAGCUACAUGUUUGUUGCCAUGGAGACAUACUUAUUGACAUUAUUGUUUACUGUUCAGCGUUCGGCAGCUCUGUGUCUCCAUACUGUCUCAUCUGUUUAACAGGUGGCCAUGUUUUUACCUUUUUUACCUGCGUGUUUAAAUAUUGGUCCUGAAUAAAACGUUUUCUAUGA